CCUCGAUCUGCAACCCUGCAGGAUAGUUACUGUAUCAGUAGGUGGGAUCUGCUUUUCCAGCAACAUCGAUAUUACCGACUCACCUCAUAUUGACCACUAGAUUUCGACCACCUGAUUGUUAUUUUGCAUUAUUUCUACUUUGGUCUUAGCUAAAGCCACGAUGCUGUUGGUAAAAGGUCAUUUUCAAAAGCAGGUAGUGGCUCUAUUGGGGAGAGCCAUCAAGUAUCGCAGAUUCUCCUCCACUCCGCGGUUACGACAAAUCGAAGAUAUCAGCACUCUACCGGACCGCAUAUUCCCGCGCUAUCAAGAAUCCAAAGGAAGCGACCUCCUUGCACUGCAAUGGCCUGUGCCGCCACGAAAUAUUCUCCUGGUACGCAAGAAAGGGGCCCCGGCCGUGACUCAAUCUGUGAUUGAGUUUGCAAAUUAUAUCAAGUCCACUUAUCCCCCAGUUUCCAUCCUCUUAGAGCGAGACACUGCCAACGAAAUCCACGAUGCCUUGCCGUUCCCAGUGUAUGCCAACACAACAUCUACGGACAUUCUCCCCGAGAAGGUGGAUUUGAUGGUUACUCUGGGCGGUGAUGGCACAAUUUUGCGGGCUUCGUCCUUUUUCGCCACGUCCAAAACGGUUCCUCCGAUUCUGUCGUUUAGUAUGGGCACCUUGGGUUUCCUCGGGGAGUGGAAAUUUUCAGAAUAUAAAAGCGCCUUCCGAGAGGUGUACAUGUCGGGGUCUGGUUUGGGAGAGCGUGCAGCAGUGCUUGGGAGUCCAUCAAAGGACAACGACGAAAAGGCGACCGACAACAUGCCGCGAGAUUGGUCCACUCUUCGUGGCAUGUCUAUGGGAUUAAGCAGAAGCGCACGGAUCCUAGUGAGAAGUAGAAUAAGGGUUGGGCUAUUCACGCCAGAUGGAAAGCCGGUGUAUAACAACGGUGUGACUAUGUCAUCCCCCGCGGAUGAUGAUGCUGGGGUGUACGCGAUGAAUGAAGUAGUGAUUCAUCGUGGUAAGCAACCGCAUCUUGCGAUUGUUGAAGUUUAUGUUGGUGGUCGAUUCCUCACUGAAGCUGUUGCGGACGGAAUGAUCAUAUCUACUCCCACUGGGAGUACGGCUUACAGUCUUAGUUCAGGAGGCAGUAUCAUUCACCCUCUUGUGCCCUCCUUACUGCUGACUCCCAUCUGCCCGCGAAGCCUAAGUUUCCGGCCGUUGGUGAUUCCUUCUAGCACACCUGUAACUCUGCGCCUGAGCGAAAAGAAUCGCGGCGGUGAAGCGGAUGUUAGCAUCGACGGUGUUCUGGUAAAGCAAGGUCUUCGAAUUGGGAUGAAGAUCCGUGUGUGGGGCGAGGAUAUCAAAGUUGUCGACGGCGCCUGGCAUGGAGGUAUUCCAUGCGUGAUGCGCAAGACGAUAGGUGAUGGUGAUGCAUCUGACGGGUGGGUUGGGGGCUUAAACGGGCUUCUGAAGUUCAAUUAUCCAUUUGGCGCGGAGCCAUGA